AUGGCUCUCAUAAACGACAAUGUCGACUCGGUAUUGGCUUAUCUGUGGAGUUGGUUCAUGCUGGGCCUGCGGUCGUUAUGGUCUCUGAUACUGACUUAUCCUGACGAAGCAUCCAUAGUGAUCACAAUGGUGCUGGCAAUUUCAGUGUUCUACCUGAUAAGGAAUUUGUUCCGCAUACUAUGGAAAACCUUCAAGUUCAUGGUGCAAUUCUGUUUGAUAUUGACCGUUGUGGUGGUUGGCCUGAGAUGUUACUCGCGUGGUCCAGACGCCCUUCUUAAAGAUCUGCCCUCGUUUGCAAUGAAUGUGUAUGCCCUGACGACGUCUUAUUUCUACAGACUAUUGUAUAUCUGGGGUGCAUUGAGUGCGAAUGAGGCUCAAGGGUUUCGGUUUGCGUAUAGUCAGGUGGACAAGAUAUUACAGAGGUACUGA